AUGGCGGAUGGACGCGGAGUACCACACUAUGGGUGUAUUCUUCCUUUGGAGCAAGGGCAAAUCACUGUCUUGGAUCCACACCGACGUCAUGCAGUACUUCCUUGGAAAGGCUUGAGGAUUGUUCUGGUCGCAUACACUCCUGGAAUGAUUCGAAAAUUGCCAGGAUCAGAUCGUGAAGUUUUGAGUCGGCUGGGCUUUCCAAUUCCACCUGAAGCCGAGGAGGUGUUCCCAGAGGUGGCGCUCAGGGCUUUGUCAGUGGGUGCCAGGGUGCACGAUAGAUUCGAAAAGGAGGUGGAGGAAGAGCCAUGGUUUGAGCAGGAGAUCGGUGAUUCCGGGGGUGGUUCUGGGCCAAGUUCAAGUGACGAAGAAAAGAUCAAUGGGGACUUCGCUAUGCUCGCAGAGGAGGAGGAAGUGGAGCAUUGGGAUAUGUUUUUACCGUUGGAGCAAGGCGAUCCCAAUCUUGUACCAAAGGCAAAGAUUGCUUCAUCCAGUGGGGCGAUCAAUAUGUGCAAGAUGGAGGUGACGUAUACGCACAACAUUGAGAGUGCCCGGGAUCCACAAGUGGCAGAUGACAUUCUCUCAGGAAGCUUGGAUUGGUUUCGUCGCAAGGCUCGUAUCGUUGCCUGCGGCAACAUGAUGGCAUCUUCGGGGGAGGACAACUACGCGGCCGCAGCUCCGGCAGAGGUCGUUAGAUCCUCUUUGGCGAUAUCGAGCCGUAGAGGAGCUGUGGUCAACGAGUCCUUUGGCUAUGGCUUCGGAUGGGGCUAUAAAGUCGAGGACGGACCUCGCGUACGCAGCGAGCCUGAUAUCCUCUUUGACAACAAAAGCUCCGAGAAGAGCGUCGUCUAUUACCAGGAGCAAGUCCCUGCACUUUUCCUGAAACACCUUCCUCGUGGUCCUGAGUCGAAGGACUACCUGCAGCCGGACCCGAAUCUGUUGUGUGACAAGUUCGGCGAUUUGGCUUUGGACAUCAUGCACUGUGAUGGUCGCAAGUCCUCGAAAUUCUUGGAAAGCUCUGCCAUGGAAGCUUGGCCCAAUCUUCUUUCUGCGAGCGAAGCACAAUGUUUCGGGCAACGUCUCUUUUCGCUUCUCGAACACCUACACCUGAAGAAAAAACAAAGCAGCGAUGGUCCCAAGCUACACCCUUCCGUGAGGCAGGUCGUAACUGCCCUGAAGGAGAGGAUGCCUGGUCGCGUGCACUCUUUCGGAUCGCUCUCGUCAUCGUCCCCUGCUCCUGCAGACAGGCCACCUGCACACAGGUCACCUGGUAAGUUGCCAGCUGCAAUGCAGACACAGUUGCCGCUGAUUCUUCCGAGUAAGGAUGACAUCAAGAAUGCUUACAAGCAGCAACUAGAAGUGGAAGAUGAUUCCAUGGAGGUCUCGGUUUCGCAGGGGGACGAGAUUGAAGACGUCCAAAGUUCGCACAGUGUCGUCGCAGUUUCGUCGGGCGAAGAUGCUGUCUCGGUCCAGGAUGAAGCGAACCAGGGUGUGAAAGAUCCAGAGUACUAUCAGUACUACAGUUCGGGAGACCUUUCUGAAGUUCGUUUGUAUGCCGAUGGCUCCUACGAGCUUGCACAGAUGUCUCAUGGACCAGACGGCUUCUGUUUUGCGAAACUCAAAGAUGGAUCGCAGCAUUUGACCGAAAUGUCGAAUGCUUUGCUUAAGACAUCGAAGAAGAGUCAGAGUAAGUCCACCAACAAGAAACGCCCAGCAGCUGCCCCAAGCUCCAAGCCGACGGCGAAGCACGCCAAAGCAGCACCGGUGGCCCAGCAUGCUGCCCCAUCCUCAGCCACCGACAGCUCCAAUCUUGAUGCGCAGCCUGCACCGAUAGACCAACAGGCUGCUGAGGAGGAGAGGCCCAGAGGGUUUACAGUGGGGGCUUACAACAUCAACCACUACAAGCCGCCUCGCCACAAGUAUGGUAUCAAGACCCAAGGCAGAGAGAUCUUGUGUCUGCCUGUGAGGGAGAAGCCAUGGAAGGCUGUGGCGACUAAGAUCCGUGAGGUUGUUCUAGCCGAGCUGAGUCAGGGAAAAGACCCUGCCGAAGUCAAGGCUGCUGCCCUGGCCGGUCUGCAGAACCUUUGCGACGCUCAAGGACGCCUGUUCGAUCGGGAGGACUUCGUGAAGGUGAUGAAAACCCGAGCUCAGAUCUGGAGCGAGGUGGCGGUGGUGCUGGAUGGUGACGCCAGGGCCCGAUGGCAAGGACAUUUGGUGGUGGAAGUGGUUUAUUUUCCGAGGUAA